AUGCAAGCAAGUAAUUUAGAGAUCAAUUCAGUCCAUUGCAAUGUCAGUCCUAUUGAGUGCCUUUCCCAGUGGAUUUGUGGGCUGCUUGUAAAGGUGGGCGACCAGCUAGGAUACCAUGAUUUGGACAAGGACUAUCUUUUUCAAACCACGCAUACGGUUGUUUUUGUUUUGCUUAUCACUACUCUGUAUAUAAUUGUGGCCAAAGCACUUAUAUUCCUUAAGAAGUAUGACCGGCAGUCCAAGCGCAGCAGCGACAAGUCAAAGCAUAAAAAGAAGCAGAACGGACUUGGUAUUGAGCCGCACUACGUUAUUCUGAUUGAUAAGCAAGGAAAGUUCAUUCUCAAAAACAAUGAUACCCAGGCCGAGAUUACCAGUUUCCCAAUGCGCGCCAAAUACACUCUCAAGAAGAAAGGCCAAAACACGCGGUUUUCAAUUGAAUCACCAUUUAACGCCAAUCUUAUUCAUCUUGAGGCCCAAGACCUUCCUUUUAUCACCUACUCGACCGUACGCGCUGCCAUCCAGAACAGAAUCAAAAACUAUAAACAAACAGUAGCCAAUACCCAAACUUAUAUCAAAACCCAACAAGAACAGAUUAAUCUUCUCCAAAGAAAGCAAGAACCGUCCAAUCUUCAAACCAAAAAGACUAAAGCCAAAGCCAAACCCAUCUCUAAAUCCAUCCCAAAACCACCUAUCUCUACUGCUGAUGAGGCUUCAAAGCAAAUCCGAAUCAGACGACUGAUUGACCAAAAACAGCAGUGCAUUGUUGGACUGUCCGAUUCAAUCACAAUCACCCAGGAAAAUAUUCAAAAUCUAUCAGCUAUACAGGCACAUAUCGAUAAAAUAAUAACUACAAAAUAA